UUACAAAAUUUUUUUUUUAUAUAAUGCAAAAUAAAAAAAAUCUCAAAGAUAUUCUAAAGGAGCCAUUUUUAAUCGAUUCUUCUGAAAAUUUAGCGACGUGCAGCAUGUGUGACAAAAAGAUGAAGUCAAUACCAUCAAAUCUUAAAAGACACAUAACCUCUCAACACCCAAACAUAAUGAAAGCAGAUGAAUCUAAUAGUGAUUCGUCCUUCAAUGCUAGAAAUACAGCAAAAGAAAAAUUCCCAAAAAUUAAGAUCGAUAAAUCUAAAGUUUUUGAAUGUAUAGUAUGGUUGAUUACAAUUAAAUUGAUAAAAUCUCACAAAUAUAAAAGAUUAUUUAUAAUGGACAAAGUUUCGAAACCCACGCUAGAUACUGUUACUAGGUGGUGGAAUAGUACUUAUCUAAUGAUGAAAAAUCUAAUGGAUAAUAAAACCUUUUAUACUAAAAUGGGUGAAUUAUACACAGAAACUUUUAUUAGUUUCGAUUUAUGGGAUAUUAUCCUAUUAGGUACAUCAGUCCUUUUCCCAUUAUGCAAAUUCACAAUGAAAUUACAAAAAAGUAAUAUUGUAAUAGGUGAUUUUUUUGCUUCAUGGCUAGAAUGCAAAUGGAGCUGGAGGAAAUGGAUAAUAAUUUAUCUAAAAGUAUGUUGGAAUGUUUACAUUAGAGAAAGCUAUCUUUUUCAAAAUGACGCAUUUCGUAGUGCGAUAUAUAUGGAUCCUAGAUUCCAUUAUGAAAAUGGAAAAUAUCCUUUGGAAGAAGAUAAAAUAUUGGCCAGGGAACAUAUAUUUGCAACUUGGAAACAAUUGCAAGCUAUUGACCCUCAUGAAGAAAAUACAACUUUAGUUAUGCCUUCCACUAGUAAUUAUAAAAAAACAAAACUUGACCUUUACAUUGAGCGUGAUUGCAAGAAGGGACCUAUAUUUUAUGAAUUAUGUAAUAGCGAUAUCAAGCUAAAAAUAAAAUCGUUAUUAUACAACAAAAGAUUGCCAUCCUCACAAGAUAUUUUGCAAUAUUGGGUUUCAAGAAAACACCAAGAUGCAGAAUUAUUUAAAUUAUCUCAAAUAAUUCUUGCUGCUCCUUGCACCCAGGUCUCAGUUGAGAGAGCAUUUAGUGCAUUGGCACUAACUGUAACCUCUCUAAGGACAAGAUUAGACAAAGAUAUACUUGAUGAUAUUUUAAUUAUAAAGCUUAAUCGUACAUUGUUAAAUAAUGUGAUAUUUUAAAUAAUUAUUUAUAUAACCUAUUUCAUUAUAAAGUUAUUGUUU